UAACUGAAAAAGGCGGGGUUUAAACGCAACUAUCCCGUAGGAAGUAAUGUACAAACAUAUCUGAAAGAAAACGGCGAUAUAGGCAGCAAGAACCGUAUGUUACAACGCACGUGGACUCGUAUAUCAGUUGUAAUGUAACCAGUUAGUAAGCUACCUUCACAGUCUCGUGCUUGAUCGAACGAUGUUAAAUCUUCGCGAUUCUGCUGGCUUGUGAUAAAUGGUUGGUUUGAAUAGUGCAACUGGGGACCAACGAUGACCUCUCUUGAUGAGAUAGAGCAACAUAAGAACUACAACUGGACUGUUGAAUUUUCUACUAUUUAUCUUACUCGUAGCCAUAUCUUUGGAUGCUGCUGCCAGCUAGCUAACCUAAUUUCUUGCAACUAAUGAAUAGCUAAACGCCUAAAAUGCCACUGCAAAUAGGUGACUUGGUCGACAUGCCGGUAGCUAAUCACGUGGUUACUUGUUUGUACACGGGGGUACAACCAUAGCUUUAAUAUGAAUGACCAGGUUUCCAUAUGAUUGAGAAGUAGCUACUCCCACACUGCAAUUUGGUCUCGCACUGGCGGCCUCCGAGUUACAGUCCACGCAGUCUAGCUAGCUGAAUUUCUACUAGUACUCUACGUCUACUUGUCAAGAAUAGGAGGCGGUGGCAGCUGUGGUGUACAUUUCUGCGUUCUUUAUAGAGAUCACUGCCAGGGUGAAAUACUGCAGUUCAUGUUUCAACAAGAAGUCAGUGUACUAUCUUUUAUGUCCGUCUUGUUCUUACCUUUUCCAAAACGAGAAGAGGAAUAUGUCUAGAUAUAACAUUUACAGUCUUUUAGACUGGUUGUAUGGCGGCGUGGACCCGAAGUUUGAAGGCAACGGGGGUCCAGAAUGUGCCGCCUUUCUUGCACCCCAACAACGUCUCGGCGAGAGUUUUGUCAUGGUUCUGAUUUCCAUCGUGGAAGUUGUCGUCGCACUGAGGAAAAUCAAAAUUUCUAACGAACUCAACGAGAUAACGAAAGAUGGUCCAAGCAUAAAAGAGGACAGUUUGGGCAAGAACCUGUUGCUGGUUGCUUUGUGUAUGACGUUUGGAGUUGAGGUUGGAUUCAAAUUCGCCAAAAAGACAGUGAUAUACCUACUGAAUCCUUGUCAUGUUGUGACCAUGUUGCAGAUCUUCUUGCUGGCCUGUCCGCCAUGUAAAACAGCCAUGGUCCUCUUUAGGCUUCAGGUCCAUAUGCUGAACGGUGCCCUACUGGCCCUUGUCUUCCCUGUGGUCAACACUAGGCUGCUUCCAUUUGAGAAGGAGGUCUACUACAUCCAGCAUUCCUUGCUCUACCUGGUGCCUGUAUACCUCUUCAGGAAAGGAGGUGUGUACAAGCCGGAGCCCCUGGGGGACAUGUGGUGGGCUAUCCUCUCCACUGGCAUCCUGUUCCUUUAUCACUUCCUGUUCCUGCAGGGCUUGGGCCUGAUGACCGAGGUCAAUCUGAACAACAUGCUGUGUCCAGCAGUGUCAGAUCCAUUUUAUGGGCCUUGGUACCGGGUUUGGGCUGCAGGUCACCAGACCCUGUUGACCCUGGUCCAUGGGAAGGCCCUGACCCUCCUCUCCCACCACACCAGCCCCACCUGCAGGUACUUGCUAGACACCGCCAGACUGCGCAGCAAGAAGAUUGACUGAACAUCCACACACAGAGACAAACACGAAUGUAGCCUUUUCCAAUCCAAACGCCUGUUAUGUUGGGAUUUUCUAUCCACAUUUUUAAUGCAUCUGGACCACCUUUACCAUAUUUAUUUACUGUAAAGAAAGAAUCCUUUCAGAGUCAAUGAAAUAUCAUUCCUUUAGUGUUUGUGCUGGAUUGCAUUAUAUGCAUGCACAAUCAUGGGCGCCUGAUUUUGUCUGAAAGUGGGGGUGCAAAUGCAUGGAAGGGGGGGCUUGACUUUUUUUGGCACCGUUUGAAGCGCUGUCACCAUAAACAUUAAAAGAAUUUACUUGUC